AUGACAGCGCGCCUUUCACUUCGCAGUCGGCCCGAAAUCGCCCCUAAGCAAGCAGCUGACGUGGUAGAGGGGUGCGUUGAUCAAAAUAAGCCCGGUGGCACUCCCUCUGACCGAGAUCAACGAAUGGAGCGGUUGCCGCUUGCUUGCUUUGCUUCCGUGAAGAGUGCAAGCAGGCUGGUCCAGGCUUGUCCAUUAAUCGCAAGCAGGCUGAUAAUCGCCGCUAUUGACCGCUUCGAGAGCCUCCCUCCUGCUUGCUUUAUCGCCCUCCUACUUGCUUAA